AAUUCUAUAGUAAAAAAUAGUCUAUAGGACUAUAGGAGUAGAGACACUACUCUAAACGAGUCUAGAGUUCAUUUCGACCUAAGUCUAAGACUUAGACUACUAAUUAAAGAGUAAGAACAAAAAAUCUUGACCUCUAUAAAGUUGUCAUGGAUGGAUUCGGCAAAUUUCAAUUUGCAAUAGACAGGGGUGGUACAUUUACGGACAUUUGGGCUAAAUGUCCAAAUGGUAAAGUCCGUUUGAUGAAGCUACUAUCUGAAGAUCCUGCCAAUUAUGAUGAUGCGCCUAAAGAAGCCAUUCGACGAAUAAUACACCAGGAAACACAAACUUUGCCAUCAAAAGAUUCACAGAUAGAUACUAGACUGAUUGACUGGAUUAGAAUGGGUACAACAGUAGCUACCAAUGCACUUCUGGAAAGAAAGGGGGAGCGAAUGGCACUCUUGAUAACCAAAGGUUUUAGAGAUCUUCUACAUAUUGGAAAUCAGUCUCGCCCCAAUAUAUUUGACUUGGAAAUAGUAUGUCCAGAAAAUCUCUAUGAAGACGUAAUUGAAGUAGAAGAGAGAGUUGUGCUGCACCAAAUGGAUUGCGAGCUAGACAAGCAUGGUGACUUAGUUCAAGGGUCAACGGGUGAAAAGCUCCUGAGAUGGAAGCCUGUGGCCUUGACUCAACUGAAGAAAGAUUUACAAACUGUUCUUGAUAAGGGCAUCAAAAGUCUGGCUGUUGUUUUUAUGCAUUCAUACAUUUUCUGUGAGCAUGAAGAAAGUGUUGGUAGAUUGGCACAAGAGAUGGGCUUCACUAAUGUGUCCUUAUCUUCUAAAGUCAUGUGUAUGGCUAGAAUAGUUCCUAGAGGAUAUACAGCCUGUGCUGAUGCUUACCUGACUCCAUGUAUUAAGAAAUAUGUCAAUGGAUUUAGUUCUGGUCUCCAGGAUGCUAAAAUUCUGUUUAUGCAGUCAGAUGGUGGGUUAACGCCAAUGGCCAGUUUUAUGGGUUCUCAUGCAAUAUUGUCAGGUCCAGCUGGUGGUGUUGUUGGUUAUGCUGAGACCACAUUUGAUAAGGACAGCAAAGUUCCUGUGAUAGGCUUUGACAUGGGAGGCACUUCAACUGAUGUCAGCAGGUUUGCAGGAGAGUUUGAACAUGUGUUUGAGACAACUACAGCAGGAAUCACAAUACAGGCUCCACAGCUGGACAUCAAUACAGUAGCCGCUGGUGGAGGAUCGAUGUUGUUCUUCAGGUCUGGUAUGUUUGUUGUGGGACCUGAAUCUGCUGGGGCACACCCUGGUCCUGUCUGUUACAUGAAAGGUGGCCCAUUGACAAUUACUGAUGCUAAUCUUUGCCUUGGUCGACUGCUACCAGAAUAUUUCCCACGUAUAUUUGGUAAGACUGAAGACAUGCCACUUGAUAAAGCAGCUACACUGAAAGCCUUUGAAGAUCUGACUCAUGAGGUCAACUUGUUCUUAAAGUGUCAACAUGAAAGUCAAAAUCUUGAGUUUGUCCCAAUGACCAAAGAACAAGUCAGCCUUGGGUUUAUUUCUGUAGCCAAUGAGGCCAUGUGCCGACCCAUCAGAGCCUUAACCCAAGCCAAAGGUUAUGAUACUUCCCGCCAUGUAUUGGCAUGUUUCGGAGGUGCUGGGGGGCAGCAUGCUUGUGCUAUUGCUCGUUCACUAGGUAUGAAGGAAGUCUUUAUUCAUAGGUAUGCAGGCAUUCUGUCGGCCUAUGGCAUGGCUCUUGCUGAUGUUGUCUAUGAAGCACAGGAACCUGCUGCUUUAAUUUAUGCUAGUGAAAACUUUCAGAAACUUGAUGAAAGGAUUGCUUCUUUAGAGAAGAAAUGUUUUGAAGAAUUGGAAGGUCAAGGUUUCCAAAGAGAACAGAUUGAGACCCACCCCUACUUACACCUCAGGUAUGAGGGAACAGACUGUGCACUCAUGUGUCCCAAUCACUACCCAGCUACCGCAAACACUUCUUCAUAUGGUGACUUCUCCAUGGCUUUUGUCAACAGAUAUCAAACAGAGUUUGGCUUCACUUUAAGAUCGAGAAACAUUUUGGUGGACAACAUAAGAGUCAGGGGAGUAGGGAAAUCUCUGGCGGCAACUUACAACCUGAUUCAGGAGGCAAGGGACCCCCCUCAACAUGAACAGGUUGUCCAUUGUUACUUUGAAGAAGGUUGUUUAAAUACAAGUGUUUUCUUGCUGGACAAUUUAUUAGCAGGACAUGUAAUUAAAGGACCAGCCAUUAUCAUUGAUAAAAAUAGCACUAUUCUUGUGGAACCAAACUGCACAGCUGCAAUAAACAAACAUGGUAACGUGAACAUUAAAGUGGAGAGUCUUAAGAAGAGAGUUGUGGGCACUGACCUAGAUGCCAUUCAGUUGUCAAUCUUUUCUCAUCGGUUUAUGAGCACUGCAGAGCAGAUGGGUCGAGCCUUACAGAGAACUUCAAUAUCAACUAAUAUCAAGGAGCGACUUGACUUCAGUUGUGCCAUGUUUGGACCAGAUGGUGGACUUGUGGCUAAUGCUCCACAUAUUCCAGUACAUUUAGGAGCCAUGCAAGAAACAGUGCAAUAUCAGAUCAAGACACUAGGAGACAACUUCAAGGAUGGGGAUGUUAUUUUAAGUAAUCAUCCCGAGGCUGGAGGAAGUCAUCUGCCAGACUUAACUGUCAUAACACCAGUAUUUUUCAAUGGCCAGCCCAAGCCAGUCUUUUUCGUAGCCAGUCGAGGUCACCAUGCCGAUAUAGGGGGCAUCACUCCUGGCUCCAUGCCUCCACAUUCUACGUCAAUAUUCCAGGAGGGGGCGGUUUUUAAGUCUUUCAAGUUGGUGGAGAAUGGAGAGUUUAAAGAACAAGAAUUGAUCAAAGCUUUACAAGACCCAGCUAAAUAUCCUGGGAGCAAGGGUUCUAGAAACUUACAAGACAACAUCAGUGACCUCAAAGCUCAAGUAGCUGCCAACCACAAGGGAAUCAAAUUGAUUACAGAACUCAUCACUGAGUAUGGUCUAGAAGUAGUUCAAGCCUACAUGAAGUAUAUACAGGAAAAUGCAGAAGUGGCAGUCAAAGAAAUGUUGAAGGAAAUCGGAAGAAAAACAAAAGCAGCAACUGGAAGGACAGAGAUUUAUGCUGAAGAUUUUAUGGACCAUGGAAGCCGAAUUUGUUUACAUAUCAAUAUAGAUGAAAACGAGGGCACUGCACUAUUUGAUUUCACGGGCACUGGUCACCAGGUCUAUGGCAAUACCAAUGCGCCAAGGGCUAUAACUCUGUCUGCCAUUAUCUACUGCAUGCGUUGCAUGGUGGGACAUGAUGUACCAUUGAAUCAGGGUUGCCUAGCACCUAUUAAAGUAAUAAUGCCCAAAGGCAGUCUGAUAGAUCCCUCAGAGGAAGCUGCUGUUGUAGGAGGGAAUGUCUUGACCUCACAAAGAAUAGUUGAUGUUGUACUCAAAGCUUUUGGAGUUUGUGCCGCAUCUCAGGGUUGUAUGAACAAUAUCACAUUUGGUGAUGAGAGAAUUGGUUAUUAUGAGACUGUCGCUGGGGGAGCAGGAGCGGGACCAACCUGGCAUGGUCGAAGUGGAGUUCAUACUCACAUGACUAACACCAGAAUCACUGACCCUGAAAUUCUCGAAAAAAGAUAUCCUGUGAUUGUACAAUGUUUCAAACUAAAUCCUGGCUCUGGUGGACGAGGACUUUACAAUGGUGGAGAUGGUGUAAUUAGGGAACUGCUUUUCCGAAGACCUGUGACAUUGUCACUACUUACUGAAAGAAGGGUUUUCUCCCCUUAUGGUCUUGAAGGUGGUGAAAAUGGUCAUCGUGGACAAAAUUUACUUGUACAUGCUGAUGGAAGAGUGAUUGACCUGGGAGGGAAAAACUCAAUAACAGUUAAACCUGGGGAUGUGUUCCACCUUGAGACACCAGGUGGUGGUGGCUAUGGAAAGCGUAAACUAGACAGUGAACAGACUGACCAAACUCCAAGCAAGUAUGACAAGAAAGAGAUUCAUGGCCCCCAUAUACUUCAGUCUGGCAGUUUACUCAGCUACAAGUUACUGCAAGAAUCUGCUUAAGAAGAGGAAAAGACAUUGCCAUUACUACGUAUAUUAUUAGAUGUAUGUGUUUAGCAAUUAUUGUAAUGAAUGAAUUAUUUUGAUGUAGUUUUCUUGUAACACAGAAUAUAAAAAAACAUAUACAGGUUGUGUUUGUGUCUUUAUCUGAUUUUUUCUACACUAAGAAUUAUUGAUUUGAUUAUCUUUAUUUUAAAUAACUUCUUUAUUAAUGUCUCCUUUUUAAAGUACACUUAGAGAAAUAAAAAGAUUGUUAAAUUACAUAGAAUUCAUUUAUGUUGUGGUUUAUGUUAUGGCACGAUUAGGAAUUAGUUAUUUGUUUCAUAGAAAGAGAAAGUUUUGAGUCAUGACGCGACCAGUAAAAACAAAACUAGGAUUUUUAGGAAAAAUAGCGAAAUGUAAACAUUACUUUUGGCGUCUAUAGAGAGAGGCAGUUUUUAUAGGCAUAUAGAUUUAGCUUGAGGACAUUCAGCGGUUCUCUUUGUUAUUAUUAAACUUCUUAAUCAACGUUGGCUAUCAGCGUCGACUCACUUAUAUUGUUGGCUUUUCGCCUGUUAUUUAAUUUCGUUAUUUGAAUGUUACCUCCAUUUGACUUAUCUACAUUGGACGCAGGGCGAGGGGGGCCUAACAUAAACUUGCAAAUCUUUGAUGUACUCCUACUUCUGUGUGUAGUCUAGAUCUGCAUCUGCUUUGCUCAUAUACAAAAUAGACAUCAGAUUGUUCCCAGUAAGCAUUUAUGUUUCCUAAUAUCAUUUUUAUAUCAGUGAAUAAACUUUUUUUUUCUUAUUUUUUGUCUUUUCAAUAAACUUUGUUCAACAGUAAGAUAUUACAUUUCUCAAUAACAACUGUUUCGUUAUAAUCAACUGUUUCAUUAUAAUUCACUGGUUCAUUAUUUUAUUCAUCCUCUAGUCAUGUCUUUCAGAAAUGUUUAGAAAUAGUUGUAUAUAUUUUAUAAGAUGGCUAGUAAACUUCAGUUUGAUAUUGCUCUCAGGUUACAUAUUUUGUUAUUGAAGUAUCUUUUAAUUAUGUGUUCUCUUUGCAUACAAAAGAAAUGGCAUGUUUGUAAGAAGACAAAGAUUUAAAGGGACAUGAAUGUUGAAAUGAAGAGUUCUCUUACAUUCAGGGGGGGUGCAUGUUUUUAUAAUGUCAAUAUGCUAAGAUAUUUAUUUGUGUGUGUGUUUCUAGACUAGGAUUAGUUGACAAACAAUGUAACACCUCUCACGGGACUGUAAUCUUCAUGUUUGAGUGGUGGUGGUGGUCAUGUUGAAUAAACACUUAAACUGUACUAAACAAGUCAGCUACAAUUAAUAUUACUUAAUAUCUGGCAUUAAGUUAUCUGCUGACUAUUUUAAUACCUUUAAAACCUCACAGUAUUGUCUAGACCAUAUUUUAAUUGUAAAUUUUAAGUUUUUUUCUUGACCAGUAAUGAGCAAACUCCGGCCUGUGGCAUUGGUUAGUCUGCCCUGCCCCCUUGUUUUGCAAUAUCAAUAAGAAGUGAAUACUGUAACUGCCUAAAUAUAUAACCAAUGCAUUUAAUAACAAUUGCUCCUAGAGUUUUAGCUCUAUUGUUUUUAAUUUAGUGUCCUUAACUUUGUUUAUUUGAUUGUGAAAAUCUCCAAUUAAAAAAAUAAUAUUAUGAUUCGACAAAAUUAUUUCCUUUAAGUUUUUUACCCGCUCUUAAAAAAGUUUGACUACCACUGGUCUACACCAUAUCAAUUGUAAGGAAAUUAUGCCUGGCUAGUUUAGCAUCAAUGUGUGUGUUCUUCAUUUUUUCUUUGUACCUCACAGGAAAUGAAAUACAGUGAAACCUUAUUACCAAGGUCAUUCUCUGGAUUAAUAAAAACUCGGACCAGAUAGAGAUUGUGUGAAAACAAAACUCAUUCCCUGCUAAGUUUGUUCAAAUGUUAUCGCUUUGUGUCAAACACAAGAAGAGUGAUUGACUUCUCAAAGUAACUGUGAUGAAUGUUAAGACUAAGUCUGUCAAAGUCCUGACAGUCUCCAUUAGUCUCACCAUUGUAGUUCCUUUGCUUUUUGUUUUAAUCAUGCAUUUGUUAUAUAGUGAGAUAUAUUUAUUGUUUAACAGAAACCUCAUUUGUGUACUCAAAUUCAAAUAUUGAUAUCAACUUCAGUUUUUUAUUUUCAUUAUCUAGACAACAUUUUUUUUGUUGGACCCUGGCAUUAAAUCAGAUA